AUGAGUACAACACCAAUUGCUGGUAUCCCAGUACAAACAGUUGUAGGAUCAAACACUCUGGAAGAUGUGUCUUCAGAACCAUUGGGACCAUUAGAAGAUGCAUCACCUUCAGAGCCAUUAGGAUCAUUAGAACUGGUAGCUCAAGAGGCUCCUUCACAGUCACUAAAAAUUGAGUUUCACCACAGUUCUGGCAUUGCACCAAAGAUAGCCCCAUUUGAAAUGGGAACAUCACACUUUGAUGCAAAGACUACUCCAAAUACCAACCCAUUUUCAAAUCCUUGGGCACCCUUUGUGACCAAGGCAGACUUUGAAUUCGCAGAGCUGGUGACUGGGGAUAACUGCUCAAUUCACUCAAUAGAAACACACAUUAAAAUCCAUAUGCAAAGUCCCCAGCCAGCCAUCACCUUUACCACUCAUAAAGAAUUUGAAAAAACGCUCAACAAAGCUGCAGAGCUUCUUACAAAUUUUGAGGAGUGUACUGUGAUGGUCUCAGUUGCUCCAUCAGAUGAGAACUCUGAAAUUCGGCCUCAUGUCCUCUUUCGCAAAAAUGUGCAUCAGUACCUAACUGACCUACUUUGUGAUCCACUAUACAUCCAUGAAGUAGAGUGGAUGCCCCAGAAGACAUACAAGUCAACAGGUGGAGGUUGGAUGCGAUUUAUUAGUCAGCCCUGGACUGCUAAUGAAUUUUGGGACAUCACAAAUGAUCUCCCAGAACAGGAUGAUGGAACGCCUUCAGUGUUGCUUGCACUUUCAGUGUAUUCUGACAAAUCCCAACUGUCCAGCUUUGGGACAGUCAAGGCAUAUCCAGUCAUUUUGCGUGUUCUCAAUGUCCACAGCAAUAUCAGGAACACAAUUGGAUUUGGAGGUGGCCACUUAAUUGGACUCCUUCCUCAUGUUGAGGAAAGAGCAGAAGAUAAAUUUGACUUUGCAACAUAUCGCCAGAACCUGGUCCAUUGCAGCCUUGCUGAGGUGUUUGAAUCUCUCAAAAAACCCAGUCAGUUUGGGACCCGGCUCCAGUGUGGCGAUGGGAAGAUGCGUCAUAUUUAUUUUUACCUGAAGGAUGCUGCUGCUGAUGGGGAGGAGCAAACCAUGUUGACAGGCACAUUGGGGCCAAAUGCAAAUUAUCCUUGUCCCCACUGCAAGGUUCACACAAGUAAAUUAUCCUCCCUGACAGUCAAAUGGCCUGCCUGGACAUCAGAAGACAGUCACUCAACAUUCCAAUCUGCAAUGUCUGCCUCCACAAAGAAAAGGGCGACUGGGAUCCUCUCAAGUGCUGGCUUGGCUGGGGUUCCAAAUGCAUUCUGGGCUCUAGGGAGUGAUCCUCAUGCAAUGGUUUCAUAUGAUAAACUUCACUUCAAUGAUUUAGGCCUCUGGGGUGACCACAUUUGGCCAUUAUGCCAGGGAAUCAUUGAAGGAUAUCCAAAGUUUAUUAGAGGAAAAUUUGAGCAGCGGAUAUCAGAGAUUCCACGGUGGCCAGAAUUGAACCACUUUAAACACUGCCUUUCAAUGUCAUUCUCAGAUGGCACAAAAUAUAGUCACCUUCUCAAGGUUGUUCUGCAUGGGCUCCAUGAUUUGAAUGAAGCACUAUAUCCCCUUUCAACACUUAUUCGCACUCUUGCAGAGUUCUCAGUCCUUAUUUCUCUUGAGGUGCAUACUGAUGAAACUCUUCAGUGGGGCCAUCAAGUUGUGCAGCAGCUUGAAGAUGCAAUGAAACAGCCAUUUAUCAUCCCUGAAACACUAGUGGGGACAGUAAAAAAGGCAUACACUAAGUCACUGUUACCCAAUGGGCAGAAAUCUUGGUCCUUCCCCAAAGCCCAUGCUGUAUCCCAUGCAUUUGAUGAUGUAUGCCAGAAAGGUGCCCUCAUCCAUGUCAGUACCAAACCAGGUGAAAAACAUCAUGGGGAAUACUGGCAGGUCUAUCUGUCAAGUAACAAAAAAAAUGUCAACAAGCAUAUUGUACUCAAGGACCAACAUAAGGCAGUCCUAAAAUUAGUGAGGCAGAAUGUUGAGCAUGCAGAAGAGUAUGAUGCUCAGCAGCAGAUGCACAUGGAGUCCCAUGAAGACCACCACCCUGAGGAGAUAGAUGAGAACAAUGAGGUUGUUCAUAUUAAAUUAUGCAGCCCAUGCAAACGCAUCUAUGGCCUCACUCUUGCCAUGGUUGAACAGGAACAAAGCAUGGUGCAGCCUGCCACCUUCAAGGAUUUCCGGCAGAAGACACUCCAUUUCCUUGAAACAGUGUAUGGGCUGACAACCAUAGUUCCUAGUGCUGAGAAUAUCACAGAGUACCGCUUGCUUGAAGUUGCAUAUGAGUCACAAGUUCACUGGUAUACCAAUCGUGACCUACUCCGGACCCAUCCAGAUUUCCAUGGGCAAGCCCAUUAUGAUUCCAUAAUGGUGGACACAGUUGGUGGGCCAUCUUUUGCUUGGCUGGUCCUAAUGUUUUCCAUCACACCUUCAAGUAACAUUGGUAAGGUCCAACUUGCCCUCAUUCGCUACUACGUCCCUGUCCCCCCAAGUUCCUGCCCACCUUCAGCUAGAGCUGCAGGUUUCAGGCGAUUCAAACUCAGUGAAGAAGGUUCCUCCGCCAUCAUUUCAUUGGAAUCUGUCAUCCAUGGAGUGUUAAUGGUUCCCACAUUCUCUGACUCUGGCACUGCAGCAAGCACAUUUUUUGUCAAUGACCUCAUUGAUGGUGACGUGUUCAUUCGGAUGAAGCAUUUUUGA